CAAGUUUGUUGGUUUGCCUAUUUUAGCGUUUAGUUUUCUUCUGUUUUGUUUUCACUUCAUUCUUUACAGUAAAGAAUGUUCGGUUCACAGUUGGGAAAUUUUCCAUUUGCGGCUUCCACAAACUACAAUGAGGAAGAAUCCGGUGUUAGUGACCGAGGCAUGGAUGUAAACAAUGGAGCAGGAGAUAGCAAUCAUUUCCAUUGUGAUAAAACAAAACUAAUUGUAAAUUACAUACCUCAAUUUGCUACCGAAGAUGAUUUAGCUCAAAUUUUCACGCCAAUCGGGAGAGUAGAGAGUAUUAAAAUUAUGAGGGAUUUCAAAACUGGUUACAGCUUUGGAUUUGGUUUUGUUAAAUACUCUACUGUGGAAGAGGCCGCAAAGGCCAUUGAAGUAUUAAACGGAUUUAACUUUAGAAACAAACGUUUAAAAGUAUCAUACUCCCGACCCCCGGGAACUGACAUGAAAGAUUCUAAUUUGUACAUUACAAAUUUGCCAAAGGAUGUUACAGAACAGGAUGUUGACAAUUUAUUUAAGGAUUUUGGAGAAAUCGUACAACGCACUGUACUAAAAGACAAAAUUACCGGUCUUCCAAGAGGUGUUGCGUUCGUCAGAUUUUCGAAAGGGGAAGAAGCACAGGCAGCCAUUGCUAAUUUAGAUGGAAAGCUGUUGCAAAACGCGAUGCUACCGUUAAGCGUUAGGGUGGCAGAAGACCACGGCAGGCAAAAAGCGCAGUACUUAGAUUGUUGGAAUUCAAUGGCUUUUAACAGGGGUGCAAAACUUAAUAGAAAGAUGUAAAAGUCACAACAUGGCAACAGAUCUGUUCAAAGAGACAGUAUUUUUAGGGUUAUCACUUAUCAAUUUGUUAAAUUACUGUGUAAAAUUAAACUGUAAGAAAAUGUGUAUUUUUAAACUAACUUCACUGAUGCUUCCUAUGCUCUACAUAGAAUUUCAUAUUACCUUUAUUCAAAAAAUAAUGGUAGUUUUUAUAUUUCAUUUUUAUCGAUUUAAAAUUUUCUUUGAAAGAACAAUAAGUAUAAAGUGUUUAAUUUUCCUCAAUGUAUAUAUAUAUAUUUAUUGAGUUUACUCAUAAAUUGUAUUUUUAUGAAUUAUUGUAAUUAACAGCAACAAUGAUUAAUAUAAUGAUGUCAAGCUUUUUGUAACUCCAAUGAUACAGAAACUUCAUAAAUGUUUACAAUCACGUGACGGACGAGCUUAGGCACCCAAUAGUGUAGUACUGAUAACAAAAAGUCCCUAAAUCUUGGCAUCACCAAUUUGAUUAAUUUACAAUGAAUAAUGACAAACCAUUACGUCUACACUCGAGAUAAUGCGAUUACUGAUUGGUUGAGGAAAAUCUCGUGAAAAAUUACGCCAAUCACUAGCGUGUAAAACCGAAUGUUGUGUUUUAAAUAUAAUUUAGUAAUUUUUAAUUUUACCAAAAUUUAAUUGCCAACAUGAAGGAAAAAAAUUACUGGUCAGGUGGCUUGUAAUCAUUUAUGAAGGCACUGUAUUUGCCACCAAAGGUAUUGAAUGGAUUCAGUUUACUUGGUGAAGAUUCUCUUAUUAACAAAUGCUCAUAUAGAUGAGUUUUUCAUGCAUAAUAAUUACCAUGUGCAAAUAAUUUUCUUAAUUUCGUCAGAAAUCAUUUUAGUAUUCAUUCAAAAAUGUGUUACGAAAACGGGAACACUAUGUUAAUCAUUGUCAUUGGCAGUGUUAAUAGAUUAUAGUAUAUUUGUUUAUUCUAGUAAAAUUAGUGCUCUAAGGAAAAAUAGUCAAACUAUUUUGAGUCUGAAUUUAUUUUUCUUAGGAUAUUCCCAUUUAAGAGGAGUAAUGCCUUUUAGAGAAAUCAAUACCCCUAGAGGAAAUAUUCAAAGUCGUUUUGGCAGGUACCCGCAUGUACAUAAUAUGAGAAAUAUGGGGGCAGGGGAU